CGAAGCCGGCUGCCCUCGAAGGAGGGGCAGGGAAGGAGGGAAGGAGGCAUCGCGACAUUUUUCCUCUCCGCGUCGCUCCGCUCGCAGCCAAGCAGUGCGCAGGGGCUGGGCAGGCCGGCUCGGCACGGCUCCCGGCCUUCGCUAUUUAUAAUCCCCAUCGCCUCCUCCGGCCGCUCUUCUGCGAGAGGAGAGCCCGGAGAGAACGGCUCCCGGAAAGGAGAGCGACCGCGGAGCUCCGCCGAACGGGGAUGCUGAGGGCGAUGCCCCGCUGAGCAUCGUUUCUCCGGGAUCGGAGUGGGAAAAGCAUCGCGAUGCCGAGGAACAGGGAUUUCUCGGAGCCCGAGUACUCGGCCGAGUACUCCGCCGACUACUCGGUGAGCCUGCCGUCGGACCCCGAGCACGCCGUGGGCCGGACCCAUGAGGUGACGGUGCGCAGCUCGGGGCCGUGCCUCUGCCUGCCCCGCUUCAUGCGCCUCACCUUCGCUCCCGAGUCCCUGGAGAACCUCUACCAGACCUACUUCCGCCGGCAACGCCACGAGACCCUCCUGGUGCUGGUGGUCUUCGCAGCCCUCUUCGAUUGCUACGUCCUUCUCAUGUGUGCCACGGUCUACGCCGCCGACAAAUUGGCCCCAGCGUUGGCAGCAGGGACCGGCUUGGCCGCCCACGUGUUGCUUUUUGCCCUCUGCAAAUACAGGCUGCUACCCGAGCGCAUCGCCCGUCGCUUCCUGCCCUAUGUCCUCUGGGUCCUCAUCUUGGCCCAGAUCUUCUGCUACUUGGGCCUCAACUUUUCGCGUUCGCCCGAGGCCAGCGACACGGUGGGCUGGCAGGCCUUCUUCGUCUUCUCCUUCUUCAUCACGUUGCCGCUGCGCCUGGCGCCCAUCGUGCUCAUCACCGCCGUGUCCUGCGGCGUCCACACGCUGGUGCUUGGCGUCACCGUCGCCCAACAGAGGCAGGAUGCCCUGGAUGAGGGCACGCUGCUGAGACAGAUCCUGUCCAACAUUGCCAUCUACCUUUGUGCCAUCACGGUGGGCACCAUGUCCUACUACAUGGCUGACCGCAAGCACCGCAAAGCCUUCCUGGAAGCACGGCAGUCCCUCGAGGUCAAGCUCAACCUGGAGGAGCAGAGCCAGCAGCAGGAGCGGCUGAUGCUCUCCAUCCUGCCCAAGCACGUGGCGGAUGAGAUGCUGAAGGAUAUGAAGAAGGACCCGAGCCAGAAGGAGAUGCAGCAGUUCAACACCAUGUACAUGUACCGCCAUGAGAAUGUCAGCAUCCUCUUUGCAGACAUCGUGGGCUUCACGCAGCUCUCCUCAUCCUGCAGUGCCCAGGAGCUGGUGAAGCUCCUCAACGAGCUCUUCGCCCGCUUCGACAAGCUGGCAGCCAAAUACCACCAACUGCGCAUCAAGAUCCUGGGUGACUGCUAUUACUGCAUCUGUGGGCUGCCUGACUACCGGGAGGACCACGCUGUCUGCUCCAUCAUGAUGGGGCUUGCCAUGGUGGAGGCCAUUUCUUACGUGCGGGAAAAGACCAAGACAGCAGUGGACAUGCGUGUGGGAGUGCACAGCGGGACGGUGCUGGGCGGCGUGCUGGGCCAGAAGCGUUGGCAGUACGACGUGUGGUCCACCGAUGUCACCGUGGCCAACAAGAUGGAGGCGGGUGGCAUCCCUGGGCGUGUGCACAUCUCUCAGAGCACCAUGGAUUGCUUGAAGGGUGAGUUCGAGGUGGAGCCAGGCGAGGGUGGCUCUCGCUGCGAGUACCUGAAGGAGAAGGGCAUUGUCACCUACCUCAUCGUGGUGCCCAAGCAGCCUCUACGCAAUGGCAUCAAUGGGGUGAAGCUGUCACUGACCUCAUCCCACGGAGGCUCCCCGCUGCUCAUCAACACCAAGGAGCGCAAUGGCAGUGCCAGCUUGGCGUGCACCAGCCCGGAGGAGCCUGAUGAGUCCGACGCCAGGGUGAGGGGCACCCUGGAGAAUGGGGAGGAGGAUGGAGAGGCUGUGAACCCAUCCUUCCCCAACCCGCGGCGCCGGCUGCGGCUACGGGACCUGGCUGAGCGGGUAAUCGACGCGUCGCAGAAUGAGCAGGAGCUCAACAAGCUGCUCAACGAGGCCCUGCUGGAGCGUGAAUCUGUCCAGGCGCUGAAGGGGAAGAGCACCUUCCGGCUCUCCAUGCGCUUCACUGACCCUGAGAUGGAGACGCGCUACUCAGUGGAGAAGGAGAAGCAGAGUGGUGCUGCUUUCAGCUGCUCCUGUGUUGUCCUUUUCUUCACUGCCUUGGUGGAGGUCUUCAUCGACCCUUGGUUGGUGGCCAACUACGUGACCUUCGUGGUGGGGGAGAUCUUGCUGCUCAUCCUUACCCUCUGCUCACUGGCUGCCAUCUUUCCCCGGGUCUUCCCCAAAAAGCUCGUGGCCUUCUCCACCUGGAUUGACAGGACUCGCUGGGCACGCAACACCUGGGCCAUGGCUGCCAUCAUCAUUGUCACCAUGGCUGAUAUUGUGGACAUGCUCAGCUGUCAGCAGGACUACAGUGGGACAGGCAAUGGGACGGUGGUGCCACCACGGCCAGGCGGCUGUUGGGAACAGCCCAAGUACUACAGCUACAUCGCCGUGCUGGCCCUGGUGGCCACCAUCAUGCUGGUGCAGGUCAGCCACAUGGUCAAGCUGACUCUCAUGGUGUUGAUCACUGGGGCAGCCGGCACUGUCAACAUCUACGCCUGGGAGCACAUCUUCGACCAGUACGACCGCCGCCGCAGCCAGCAGAGCAUGUAAGGGGUGGUAAGGGCAUGGUGAGGGGGCACGGCCCAGCUCACCACCCACCUACACCUUGCCACAUCCCCCAGCAGGUCCUCACUGGUCCCCUCCAAGUACUCCAUGACAGCCAUGAUCUUCAUCGUGAUGCUCAGCUUUUACUACUUCUCUCGCCACGUGGAAAAGCUAGCCAGGACACUCUUCCUCUGGAAGAUUGAUGUCCAUGACCAGAAGGAGCGGGUCUAUGAGAUGCGGCGCUGGAACGAAGCCCUUGUCACCAACAUGCUGCCCGAGCACGUGGCCCGGCACUUCCUGGGCUCCAAGAAGCGGGAUGAGGAGCUGUACAGCCAGUCCUACGAUGAGAUUGGCGUCAUGUUUGCUUCUCUCCCCAACUUCGCCGACUUCUACACAGAGGAGAGCAUCAACAAUGGGGGCAUCGAGUGCCUGCGGUUCCUCAAUGAGAUCAUCUCUGACUUUGACGCACUCCUGGAUGAACCCCAAUUCCGGUGUAUUACCAAAAUCAAAACCAUCGGCAGCACCUACAUGGCUGCGUCUGGAGUGACCCCUGAUGCCAAUGCCAACGGCUACAGCACCAAGGUAAGGGGUCCCUGUGGCAGGGGAUGGUGGGCAAAGGGGGACAUUCCUGACCUACUGCUCUUGCAGAAGGAGACCCUCUCGGAUAAGGAGCGCUGGCAGCAUUUGGCUGACCUCGCCGAUUUUGCCUUGGCCAUGAAGGUGACACUGAUGAACAUCAACUACCAGUCCUUCAACAAUUUCAUGCUGCGCAUAGGCAUGAACAAGGGAGCUGUUCUAGCAGGAGUCAUUGGUGCCCGCAAGCCACACUAUGACAUCUGGGGCAACACAGUGAACGUGGCCAGCAGGAUGGAGUCCACUGGUGUGAUGGGGAACAUACAGGUGGUAGAGGAGACGCACCUCAUCCUGAAGGAGUAUGGCUUCCGCUUUGUACGCCGUGGGGCCAUCUACGUCAAGGGCAAAGGGGAGCUGCUCACUUUCUUCCUCAAGGGCCGGGAGAAGCAGGGCUCCUUCGUCAACGGCUCAUCCGUCACCCUGCCCCAUCAGGUGGUGGACAGCUCCUGAGGGCCCGGCGCCUGCCAGCCAGCACAGCCACCGCCUCCCCAGCACCCAGAGGGGCGGCCAGGGGGGCCCAGUGCCCACCACCACAGCCAGCAGGGACAUCUGUCCCACUGAGGUCCAGAUCUGAAACCAGACUUGAGAAAUCAACCCCUUUGCACAACCCUUUCCCUGCUGGAAAGUUCCUUCGCUCCAUCGUGCCUGCACACGAGCUCACAGCCCUCAGUGGAUGUGGGGCUGGGGCUGCCUUUCCCCAGGCAACCCAGGGCUUUGCAGGGUGGGCAGCAGUAUGGCAUCCAAGUAGCAUUGUGGGCCCCAGCUGCCAUGCACUCAGCACAAGGAGAUCCAAACUCAGGGUCGGAUGGAAAGACACGUCUCUCC